UUUUAAUGGGUAACAAAUCAGGAUCAGAAUUUGGAGGCAUUAUGAUUAGAACAGAAAAAUCUUUAUAUUUUGCUGGAGAUGUUGUUAAAGGUAAAAUUGUCCAACAUUAUAGGAAAUAUAUACCUUCAUAUAAUAAAACCAGGUUAUCAUGGAAAUGUUGUACAAUUUUCAAUUGUAGGAAAAGAGAAAACAAGAUGGACAACUGGAUCUGGUAAACACAGAAGGACACAUUAUGGAAAAAAUGUAUUCCAUAGAGACACUGUUGUAAUUAAUACUUUUUUAGAUGAAAACUUAAUGGUUGGACAAUUUGUUUUUCCUUUUGAAUUACAUCUUCCACCAAAUCUGCCUGGGUCUUUUGAGUAUGGACAUGGCAUUCUGGCAAGUCUUAAUUAUAAGGUCAAGGCUCGAGUAAUAUCAACUUCUAAAUCAAUUAAUGAUAUCAAGAAUAAAUAAGAGAUCAUUAUUAGAGAACCAAUUAAAGAAAUUUUAUAAGUUUCUUCAAAAUAAGAGACUGCUAAUCUCACUACAUGGUGCUGCAAAAAACAAGGAGUAAAAAUGUCAUUUAAUGUAGUCUUCAUCAAUAUCUGCAAAAGUAGAGAAAAAUUUAUAUUUUCCAGGAGAAUUCAUUCAAAUAACAUAUGAUAUUGAUAAUUCAGAUUGUAAGCUUAAUAUAGAAAAUGUCGAUGUGAUUAUAGUGAAUAGACUAAACCUCAAAUCGAAUUCAGGUUCCUAAUGUCACCUAGAAUUUUAAUUAAGUGCUUUAUCUCACAAUGGAUUGUAAAAAGGAUUGAAAAUAUAACCUGCUUCUUAAAUUGGAUGUUCUUUACAAUUGGUUAAUACUAAACAGCCAGAAAUUGCUCUCACACCUUCAACAACUGGAAAUUUUGUGAAUUCAUCAUACUUUGUGAAAAUACUUCCAAAUUUUGAAGGUAGAAGAAUUUGAAUAUUGAUAGGUUGUACAUGUUGUAGUUCAAAGCCAAUAGUAUUAGUACCAAUAACCCUAUUAGCAGUUCUUCCAAAUGAUUACUUAGAACCUAUUGUAUAGCCUGAAAAUUGGCAACCAUAAGCCUUUUAGCCUAUGAUUAUAAAAUCGAAUAGCAUCGAUCCUUUCAAUAACAAUAACAAAAAUUUGAAAAAUAUGGCUAAUCCUAUGAAUAGUUGA